AUGCCUGCCGAACGUAACACAGACGAGCGCAAACGGAAAGUCCGAACCGAGCAUGCCCCCUACAAACCGCGUAAGCCGCAGAAGGAAAAGGUCAAGAAUCAGCCGAAGUCCUCAGCGCAGCCUGUCCAAAAGAAGAAACGCGACCACCUCACACUUUACGACUGGCUCCAGGUGUUUGCUUGGAUUGAUGACCACCCCAAUGUCUCCCAGGACAAAGUCGUUGCCCAUUUCAAGAACUGUGCCACGGGAGCACUUGUUUUCGACCAGUCGACGCUCUCCCGACGGUUGAGGAACAGGGCAGAUAUCGAAGCCCGUUCUAAAUCGUUCGCGAACGCACUGUCGACAAAGCGCGUACGCGUCGUGACCCGUCCCGAUGUUGAGCGUGCCCUAUUUUUGUGGGUGAAGCAUAUGGAGGCUAAGCGCGAGACUGUCACAGGCGCCAUGCUUGUCGCAAAGCGCGGAAAAUACAAAAAGGAAUUCAAUGUCCCAGAGGAUGAGAGGCUGAGUGGUGAUGGAUGGGUCCCAGGUUUCAAGAAAGCUCACAACAUCAAGGAAUAUCGAAGGCAUGGAGAGGCUGGUUCCGUGGAUCUGGAGGCAGUUGCACGCGAGCGCGAGCGCAUGCAGGCCAUCUUAGGCAAGUUCGCUCCGAGGGACAGAUUUAAUUUUGACGAGACAAGCUUCUUUGCUUUCGCAUCACCUGAUCGCGGUCUCGCAACAGAAGCCAUGAGCGGAAAGAAGAAGGACAAGUUUCGAAUCACCAUAGGCGUCGCAUGCAACGCCGAUGGAAGCGAGAAACUUCCCCUCCUGUUCAUUGGGAGGUACGCAAAGCCUCGUUGCUUUGGAUCGCAUCCGCCUCGCGAACAUGGCUUUGACUAUCACCACAACCGAAAUGCCUGGAUGACCAUGGUCAUCUUCGACGAGUGGCUACGGAAACUUGACAUAAAGUUUGGGAAGGAGAAGCGUCGAAUCUGUCUUACAGUUGAUAAUUUCUCGGCUCAUUACAUUGACUACGAACCCCGUAACAUCCGUUUGGAGUUCUUUGAGCCAAACCUGACGUCGUAUGUCCAGCCAUGCGAUGCAGGAAUCAUCCGUACCAUCAAGGCUUUGUACCGAAAGGCAUUCUGCCUGAGAGCGGUGGAGCUGGAUGAAGCAGACGAGCCCGACAUCUACAAAAUCAACCUCCUCGAGGCCAUGUUGAUGGUCCAGCAGGCAUGGGAUGCUGUGGAUGCAAAGACGAUAAGCAACUGUUGGAGGCAUGCCAAAAUCCAGCCCACAGACGCACUGACAACUGCUGUCGUGCAAGCAAACCCAGCUGCUGUCACUGCCAGCAUUCCGGCGACGAAGGACAUGGCGGCGUGGGAUGUGGUGCUCCUCUUUGCAACAUCUGACGAAAUGAGGCUGCCGCAGGCGGAGGAGAAGCUUCGUGAUGUGCUGGGGGUUCGAUAUGUCGAAGAGGAGUGGCAGCCUGUCCUGAAGGUGGUCAUGGAUGCAGAGAACAAUCAACAGAAGGCCGUGAAGGGGAUUGAUCAGGUUUCGCAGACACACCUUGGCUUUGAAAUCUCGAAACACCGCCCUGACAACAUCGGUUCCAGCUCCACUCCCACUAAAGGUCGUCCACCUCUUCCCCAACUCCAAUCCGCAGAAGAAGACUUGAUGAAAGUCGUUCAAGAUUUGAAGGCACGAAGGAGGAUCAUUGGGGCUCCUCUCACGUUGGAGGAGAUGCUGAACCCGGUUGGCGGUGACGAGAUCGGAGAAAGGGAGUUUCAUUUUGAGGAUGAUGAUGAGAUCGUGGCCAGGGUUCGUCAUGAACAAGCUGUGGCUAGAGGAGAGGUCAUUGAGCUGGAUUCCGAAGAUGAAGAGGAUGACGAUCACCCUCGACUGUCAACCCGCGAGAUCAUGGACCUUUGCACCCAGCUUGAGCGCGCAUGCAUCAGUGAGAACGAUCCGGAGACCUCUCUUGACUUUCUCCAUGGGCUUAGACGCUUCAGAAUACAUCUUAGGAGGCGGGAGGCAAUGGGAGCGAAGCAGACAACACUGACCAACUGGUUCAAGCCGAACUGA